GGCUGCUGGUUUCAAUAUGGCGGUCGAAGUUACUCUAUACCGUUAGGAGCCCGUUGCUUAUCAUGUAUUUUGUCGACUUAUCCUGCGUCCCGUCGCAUUUUAUCCAUUCGCUUUUGCGUCGCACUUUUCGAAGCUUAUAAGCGAGGAGGAUUAACAAACUUAUGGAGUGGGUGUGUGCAUAGAAAAGUGCGAGACCGAAGGAAGGACGACUCGCUGGAGCUCGAUAGAUUUGGCAGCUACCACUCCUUUUAUUUGAUGGCACCUCCACUAUUGUAGCGCUCGAUUGGAACGAUUCGCAGAAUAUUUAACAUUAUAUCUGUAUAUCAAUAACUGAUGGAUAUUUUCUUCAUCUGAAUCUAACCUGGUGCUAAGCGACUGUUUCACCGUGAGACUGAUAAGGGUUUGGAACGGUAAUAGUUACAAAUUGUUUUAUUACACAUCGAGUCUGUUCGCCGUUGCAAAACAAAUCUUGGAGUGCUUUUGCUAUUCUUAAAGUGACCGUUGAAUAACUUGAAUAAGAGGCGAUGUGGAGGAGAGACGAUACUCUGUAACGACUUGUUAGAUAAUUGAUGCAUCUCGAGAUUGUGUCAGAUCUUAAGUUUUAAUUGUUUAUAUUGUAUACAGGGUUUGUUCAUGAUUGCAAAUCAAGUCUAGGAGAGUUCUUACCGUUCGUUAAGAGAUUGUUAAGAAAUUAAAAUAUGUAGAAGUCGAUUGAUUUAUUCUUAAAAAGGUGUUUCUUAAGAGACUUGUAUGCGUGGGUACGUGAACUUUCCCAAAGUUAUUUGAAACAUAGCGUGCAUUUUUUAAUCACUAAAUGAUUUACACAUUUUAAUAACGUAUGAAUAUGACAGAAAAAAAUGGUAUGUAUUCAGAUGCAUGAAAGUACCACUUUCUUCUUAAUUGGAUGAAAUUAAAACAAUCAUUCACGUAUUGAUGCCAGCGUAUUACCAUGUACCACAGGUUCAUUCUUAGAAAUUGCUUUAUUAUUAGCUAGGAAUAGUCUCUGAGGCAAUUUACCUUGCUGUACAACGCCUUUGAAUAGAUGGGCCUAUUACGAGACUGUGAAAUUGUACAUUAGGAACUGACAAUUGAAUAAUCUGCAUGCUUUUAUUAUAUAUAUAUACGAUUUGAACACAUACCGAUUAAAGAAAUUUGAAAAGUAUGGCCGAGACACAAAGAGUAACUAUUUAUGGACGACAUCCACCAUGUGCCAGUGCUUCACGUUUGGAAGAACGCCGAGCCAGAAGACUCGCAUCAAGGCUUGAAAGAAAUCGGAAACCAGAUAAGCCAGAGGACUUCGUUUGCUAUGAGUCAAGCGACGAUGAGGAAGAAACGGUCACUGAAGGAAAACAGUUUUUAAGAACGUCUUUUAAUUUUGUUGAUUAUGUGCGAGCCCGAGAGACUAAUACCAAGGAAGUUCGAAAAAUCAACCAAGAAUAUGGUUCACGUCAUAUAUUAACACAUGACUUAUUCAAAGAAUAUUCAGUUAGCUUAAAUAAUAUGAACAAAGUAUUUUGUUCUCAAUGGCUUAGCGAUAGGCAAGUUGUUUUCGGAACUAAAUGCAAUAAGUUAAUGGUAUAUGACGUUGCGACACAGAAGUUAGAUCAAAUACCUUCCCUUCACGGAAGACAAACAAAUCCCGGAGGUAAUGCUGUACCUGAACAGCAAUGUGGCAUUCAUUCUGUGCAAAUAAAUCCUUCCAGGACACUACUGUCCACUGGAGCUAGAAACAGCAACGAGAUAGCAAUAUAUAGGCUACCGACUUUAGACCCUGUUUGUGUUGGAGAAACUGGUCAUAGAGAUUGGGUAUUCGACAUGUGCUGGCUGGAUGACGAAUUUUUAGUUUCUGGAGCUAGAGAUACAAAAAUGGCUCUGUGGCGCAUUGAUAGUGAUCUCGUAGAAGCUCCCGACAAAGCAGACAUACCGACACACAGACUCAUUCAGCCAGUCUGCGUGAAGGAAUGUCGGUCUGCUCAAAAGGUUCGAGCAUUAGCGUUUAACAAAGCUUACAACGAAAUCGCAGCAUUAUCGCUGAACAGUUUUAUACAUAUAUGGUCUGCCGAAGCGUUCAAGCAAAAAAUAUCAAGGAAACUGCCAGCAUGCCAAGAGAACGUGUGUUUGGCCAUUCAAGAUGAUGGAGUUUACGCUGUUGGAUGUCGUUCGUACACACUUCUCCUGGAUGCAAGGACAUUGCAACCCAUCAAAAAAAUUCCAUCACGGUACAGCGGCUGUGGUAUAAGGUCUGCAAGUUUUCAAGGAUCAGUUUUGACGAUUGGCACUGGUCUUGGAAUGUUAAUGUUUUAUGAUGUGAGGGCUCAGAAGUACCUAGAAUCAUCUAUUAAUUCCAAUCGAACAGUCGUAUUAAAGGCUUCCAAAGGUUAUGUGUUUCCUGACGAAGAGUACAUUGAUGGCUUUCAAAACGUCAAGUAUACCCCAGCCAUUUAUACGCACUGUUACGAUGCAUCUGGCACGCGACUAUUCACUGCUGGUGGCCCAUUACCAGCGAAUCUCUAUGGAAACUAUGCAGGAUUAUGGCAGUGAAUUAAAUUCAAUUCCUGACACGUGCUCGUCACAGCAUUAUUACCGUAAGGGAUAUACUAAUACUUUAGAAGACAAAAAGAGACUGGUAUUUUAUGAUGUGAAGAGAUCGAAGCCCUGACUUGGCGUGUAUAACCUAAGAAGUUAACGCAGUAUGUAGGAAAAGGAGUUACAGAUCGGUAUCGCCUGAAUAUCGUUCCUAUCCUGGUCAGAUCUGUCAUGAGCCGAUCUGCUGUGUUUCUAACCUCUCGACAUCAGGUCCGCGGUUAACGUGAGUGAUCUUUUAGAAAACGCAAUAAUCUAUUGAAAUUUGAAUAUGUGCGAGUGCCACGGAGUGAUACUAAACUUUAAGUUACAAUGGUUUUUAUGUCGUCAUCAUGCCUAGUUAUACUUCUAGCUAAUCAUCGUGAAGUUAGGGAAGGUCGAGGACUCGACAGGAAUGUGAGCUUUGCUUGUGGACACAAAGCUUAGGCGGUGGGCGCGAUGAAACUCUAAGGAAACUGUACAGAAUGCGUUUAAAUUAUUAAUCCCGAUGGAGCAUUUUAGAGAUCCGACUGCUUCCAAAUGCAAUAAUCGAGUAAUCAACAGGGAAAUUAGAUGCGAAGGAGGGUCCGUCUUAGCAGAACAAUUUUCUACUUAUGCGAAAUUAUGAAACCAGCACAGCGAGGGUUUUAAAAUUCAGUGUUAACAUUAUAUGAACAACUUUUAAAACAAUUCGUGUUCAUCACUUUUUCUUUCUUUCUUUUUUUUUUUUCUUCCUAACGGUGCAAGCUACUUCACUAAAUUCGCUCUCCAGUUGAAUAGACGAUUUUUGUCACCUACUAAAAGAUCUGCAUUCGAUAAAUGUACAAAAGUCGUUUACCGCGUGCGUCCAAGGGGGAAUAACAGUAUCCGUGAUCUGUGAUUUGUGUAAAUGUUUUUCUUGUGUGCAAUCAAGAGAAUUGUUUUUGUACGACUUCGUGUUUCGAUUACUGUAAUGGUUGCGAAUGACUAUGUAACCGGUAUGCCAAAAAAUGUUUACUGGCACGUCCAAUCGUAUUCGGCCAAUUCGAACACAGGGCUGUAACGUGAUUUAUUUGUUUUAAUUUUCCCUCCGGUGUACUUAAAUCUCUUCGAUCCUUUUAACUCUGUGCGAAAUUUUUCUCCAAUUUUUUGAGUGUCCGUAUGGCUUCUCUUCCGACAUUAUCAAUGUUGCUGUUUGUUAUCAUCAGUUUCGAACGAAUGUGUUCGACUGGGACAAUGUUCGGGUCGAGUUGCAUGUCUGUGACCGGAGUGAAUUACAUCCUCUUAAGACAUUACCACGGUUCCGAUGUUAAUCAUUGUUUUAAUCGUAUCAGUUAAUUUUUUACGUCGUACGUUGAAUUCUCUAGGGAAACUGCGAUCCUGUCGUUUUAACGUGUUAACGUUCAAACUGCUGCCAUCUUCCCGACGAAAAUGUAUCGCGAUAACGGCGGAUCAGCUGAUAUUUUAAAACGCAUUUAGAAUCAUGUAAAUACAAUGUAUCGGUACGCAUCACAUUAGUUUGUAAGCGUUAUCACGUCCACGAGGCAACUACGGAUAUCGGACAGGAAGUCUCUUGCAACGUUCCAUCUUUUUUUCUUUUUCCUUGCCACGAUUGUCCUUUAACAUAGGCUCACAACAAUACUGCCAGAGGGUGUAAUCGUCUGACACACGCGAUAAUGUUCCGUGCACUCUUUAUCUACCAUUGACAUUACUAGACAUACGACUACCGAGCAAUCUAUUUCUUUUUUUUCUUAACUUCGAAUAUAUACAUAUAUAUGUACACAGGUUGUCCGACUUAUAUUCACGUGCGUCGGCCCGACGACAUUUUUCUCGCAAAGGUGGCAGAGUUUGUAAAGGCGAAAGCAGGAAUGAAUUUUCUUUCAGCGACCUUCGAUCGAAUUAGGCGCCCCUCUGCCCUAAACCGUAAACGCGUUAUUUAUAUCGAAAAAGCCGCGAUGCAGUUCGGGCAGCGAAGCAUGCAUAAUUAUAGCGUUAUAACUUUGUAUGUGCGACUGCAUGUUUAUGUAAAUAAAUUCCAUGCAAUGGUA